GGGAGCUGUACGAGGAGGAGCCUAAAUGUCUGCUUCACCAGCAGAAAGGGAUUGUGGUGCGUAAACAGGAUUAACUCUCUCCGCCCCGGCGGUGCAGAUUUGCGCAGCGGCCUGCGGGUCGGAGCGUGUGUCCGCAGGGCGCGGCGCGGGGAGCUGGAGGGGGAUGGGGCGGCCCGCGGCCUCGGAGCUGUCCCCGGGAUCAGCUUCCUUGCCCGGUGCAAACGGGGAUACCAGCCUCCCCGGCCGCAGCUGCAGAGCCCGGGUGGACGGCGACGAUCGCUUCUAGCAGCCGCCUCCCCCUCCCUCCCCGCGCGUCCUCUCCGCCCACCGCGCUCCAGCCUCUCCAUCGCAGCCCAGCCCGCGCUUGUCACCCGCGCCCUCGGAGCCGCCGUGCCAGUCCCUCGGCCAGCCAUGGGGGACCUGCCGGGCAUCGUGCGCCUCUCCAUCGCGCUGCGCAUCCAGCCCAAUGAUGGCCCGGUCUUCUUCAAGGUAGACGGGCAGCGCUUUGGCCAGAACCGCACCAUCAAGCUGCUCACCGGCUCCUCCUACAAGGUGGAGGUCAAGAUUAAGCCCACCACGCUGCAGGUCGAGAACAUUUCCAUUGGUGGUGUACUGGUCCCACUGGAACUGAAGUCUAAAGAGCCUGAUGGGGACAGAGUUGUCUACACGGGCACGUAUGACACAGAAGGAGUAGCCCCAACCAAAAGUGGAGAACGACAGCCCAUCCAGAUCACCAUGCCGUUCACAGACAUUGGGACCUUCGAGACAGUGUGGCAAGUCAAGUUCUACAAUUACCACAAGCGGGACCACUGCCAGUGGGGAAGCCCCUUCUCUGUCAUCGAGUAUGAAUGCAAGCCCAAUGAAACACGCAGUCUCAUGUGGGUGAACAAGGAGUCCUUCCUCUGAAGACAGUUCUUUCUGAUGUUGCUGGACAGUCUCUCCAGAAAGCUACUUUUAGAUAAACCAGCACAAGCCUUAACCAAGGCACACCAACACCAUGGCUCUUUCCUACCUGAUUCCAAUGACCUACUAGCCCCAGUUAUUGUGAAAGUGUAACUCCCAUGAUGCAGUACCCUUGACGUAAAAGAUGAUGAUGUCCUGCCCCGAAAAUACUUCUUCCAGUGUUCUGUGCUGGUGUCUUUGCUCAGUUAUGCUGUUGAUUGCUGUAACUGGAGGGCCAUACAAUCAGAAGCCUUGUCCUCUACUGGAGGCUUCCCUGGAAUGACUGUGGUGUUUUGUUUCCAGAGAUGAGUAACUCACCCUUUAUUUUUUGUUCAUUGUUAAAUUAAGAAAUAAAAC